UGUGCUCUCUUAUCAGAUCUAUAUUUCUAUAUUUUAUAUGACAAGUGUGUUUAUAUUCUGUACGAGAGAUCAGCAUGCAGGAGGAAUGCAAGCUAAUCGUGGCGCAGCUGAUGCCGCAGUUGACAAAACUAUUGCUGGAAACCGACGAGAAGGAUGACACCUAUGCCUACUGCCUGGAGUACGCAGUGGCCCGCGUGGAGAGCUAUGCGAAACCCUUGAACAGCGCCGAGCGUGUCUGGAACAAUUUGGCCGACUUUGUGGAUCGGUAUCUGUGUGAGCAGCUGCCCAUACUAGCCGAUACCAUUAAGACACUGGCCAAUGUGAUAAUCGAUGACAAGAGCAUCACGGAAGACCUGAAGGUGGCGCUGCUCGACUUUCUGCUGUCCGUUAACUAUAAGGCGUUCCGCUCGGCCCGCAUUCAUUACGAGCACUGCAUGACACGCCGCAAGGAAAUACUCGAAACACUGACGGCGUCCCAGGCCAGCUCGGAUACGCCACGCGAAUUCAAUUUGGCCACAUUUAGGCACACGCUGGACAGUAAACUGUCGAGCUGUCGCGAUGCGGUGCCCAAGCAAGAGCAGACCGAGGCCUCCACCUCGAGAACGAUCAGCGCCCAAACAUUGCAGACGCGCCGCAUGAACGAACUGGUGCCGACCAAAAAUUAUACCAGCAUGGUGACCCGAGCUAACGCCGCAUACGCCCAGCAGCCGGAGGAGCCGCGGCCCGGUCCCGUCGACUGCAAUACGUUGGCUCGCUGCAGCGAGGUUGGCGCCAAGUGUCGCUUUGCCGUGGCCUACGGCAGCUAUUUGCGGCGCAGGUUCAACAAUGCGACCGAGAACCUGCAGCUGUACGGCGAGGAGGGUUUUGUCAUGCGCGAAAUAUUGGGCAUGUUCUUUCUACCCGGCGACUGUCACAACUUUAAAGUGGUCAAUCAUUUGCUUCAGCUACGCCCAAAUAUAAUUAGCGAUACGGCCAGCGAGCAGCUGGUGCUAGAGAAGUUCGUCAAGCCGAUGCAGUACAUGCAAAUGCUGCACUUGUACAUCAAUAGCUGCGAAACGCCCUACACGAACGGGGAGCGUCUGUUGAUACUGAACAGUUUGACCGGCGCACUGCGACGCCUGGUCAAGCCCGUGGUGGAAUCGCUGACGCAGUUCGAACGCAGCCUGGACACAGAUGAGGGCAACCAGCUGAGCUUACGCGACUUUCGACGUGCCACCAAGCGCAGCUUUAUGCGUCUGGAGCUGCUGUGGAGCCUUGCCGCGGCCACCUACAUCUCCUAUCCGGAGGAGUUCGGCCAGGAGCCGCACUCACGCAGCCAGCACAUAUUCUGCAGCCUGGUCGAGCUGUCCGCCCAGACGUCCACGGCCGAGGAGCAGGAGCGACGCGCCUAUUCCGCAGCGCUGCUGUUGCAUGUGCUGCACGUGCUCUGCCGCUUCCUGGACAACUGGUGGCAGCUGGGCGAAUUCAACGAUUGGCACGAAGAGUUUCCGGUGCAGCGUCUCGAGCACAACGGACGCACGGAAUAUGUGAUGCGCACCUUCGACAACGGACAGCCCUAUAUGAAAAUCUGUCCCGUCUAUCAGCUGAUCGAGCGCCAUGUUGUGGCCGCAGGCGCAGCACUCGCUGCGCUUUACGAUUCGAAGCGUUUGCCGGACUUUGUGAGCGCGCACGAGACCCUGCUGGGGCAGAGUCUGCACCACGCGCUGGUCAAGUCCGUGCACGGACAGCUGCAGUACUACCAGAAGCUAUCCACGAGUAGGUGCAGCACCGGCGUCGAGGUGCCCGACAUAUUCUGGCAGCUGAAUUCUACGGAGGACGAGCAGCUGCGCUGCCUCUACUAUGUAUACCACCAGGAGACGCAUCUGGAUGAGACUCAGCCGGGCUGCUGCAGCAUCGAUGAGCUGCUGAGCAGCUGCCAGAGCUGCGUGGUCUACGCGCCGCUGGACGAGCUCAUCUGCCAGACGCUGGAACGUCAUUUGGAGCAGCGCGCCACGCUGCUCAACAGCUAUUUGGGCCAUCUGAUCAGGGACCAGAUGCAGCUGGUCCAGCUGCUGCAGCAGCUGCGUGCGGUCUAUCUGCUGCUCCACUUCGAGCAGUUUGCACAGCAAUACGAGCUGGCUGUUGGCAGCCUGGAGCGCGGCCUCAGCGCUGAGGCAGCCGAGCAGCUGCAGAGCAUCUUAGACAUGCAGAAUCUCCGGCCGAACUAUCCGUUUUACGUGCACGUGCCCGGCGCCAAGGUAGAGCAGCUAACACUGCACUACAGCUACGACAUUGCGCUGACUAGCAUCAUUACGGAGCCGCAGCUAAGAUGCUACAACGCCGCCUUCCGCCUGCGACUGCAGCUGCAUGUGGCUGUGCACCGGCUGCAGCAGCUGCCCCAGCUGCCGGACGAUCAAGAGGUCAGCGAAUCUCUGCUGCAACUGCAGCAAUCGGUGCUGCAUGCGCUGCACCAGCACUUCCGGCUGCAGCAGCUGCAGCGGGCCGCUGAGCUGUGCGACGAGCGGCUGCAGCGGCGCGAGAGGCUCUCCUAUAUGCAGGCGACGCACCAGGCUUUUGUGCAGACCAUGUCGGCCAGCCUGCAGCUAAGCGAAGCCAACUCCGGGGAGGAAAUGUGCGAGCUCUUGGCCAUGGCACGCAUUGUUGUCUGCCUUUGGCGACGCGUCGCCUACACACUGGCCCACAACAUGACGCGCGGGGACCUGGGCAAGUUUGAGUCGUAUUAUCAGAGGCGCAAUUUGGGCUAUUUGGGCAGUGUUAAUAAGUCCUCGGAGGCAAUGCGUUACCUAACUUUGUUGCCGCACUUUAACUAAAAGCGACAAGCUCUAAAAUCUGUUGAAAUUUUGUUCUUCAGUCGGAAUAGUUGUCAGUUUUUAUAAAUUUUCAGGCUGUGUCCGUUUUGUGACAAAAACCGCAAAUUAAAUCGUUUGGGUGCCGCGGCACAAUUUAUUUGUUGCCGUAAACGACACGCCCACACACUCACAGCAGCCGCCCCCAUUUUAAACUGGAAAUUAAAAAAAAAAAAUAAAUCUCACACAAAAUUAGAGCUGCCAGCAGGCAAAGCUCUGCAUAUACCAAAUCACAUGCAGCGACCAAAAUUAUUCAACGGAUUUUGCGGCCGCAGCGGUUACUGAAUACACACUUGCACACACACACGCACACACACUCGCACACGCACACGCGCUUUCAAUCUGGCCGGCAUCGCUCACACUUUUGGCCAUAAAUUGCUAGCGCCUUGUUGGCCAAUAAAUACA